AUGUCGAGUCCACCUAUAAAAUUCGUUGCACAGUCAUCUAUCGAAUCGACGAAGCCGCUCCAAGCGGUUGUCAUUGGCGCCGGUAUCGCCGGGCUGACUGUCGGCAUCGCCUUGCGCAGAAAUGGCCAUCAUGUCAAGAUUUAUGAGCAGAGUCGCUUUGCUCAAGAGCUAGGCGCGGCAGUACACAUAGCUCCAAAUGCGUACGGUAUUCUGAAGGCGCUCGGAGUUGACCCCACAAUUGGGGCAAACAAAGUUGAAUAUGUCCGCGAAUUUAGUGCUUCUGGUGAGCUGUAUCGUGAAAUUAAUCUGGGCGAAGCCAGUAAACUAUGGCAACAUGAUUGGAUGUCAGCGCACCGGGUCCGCUUACACGAUGUGCUGAAAGAGAAAGCCUUGGCCAGCGAUGGAUUCGGGCCACCAUGUGAGCAGCAUCUGUCCUGUUCCGUUGUGGAUGUCGACCCGGAAAAUGCAUCGAUAACGCCGGGGGAUGAAAACAAAGUCUAUGCCGACGUUGUGAUUGGGGCCGAUGGUAUUUAUUCUAAAUCACGUCGCGUAGUCCCUGGCGGAAAGAGUGCGAAGACCUUUGGUUCAGGAAAGAGCGGCUUCAGAUUCAUGGUUCCUCGAGAGGAUGCGUUCAACGAUCCGAUGACGAGGCCGCUCUGCGAGAAACCUGGCAUCUUCUCAGUUAUCCUUGGCACGGAUCGACGUAUCAUUGCUUAUCCGACGUCAGACAACACCUUGCUCAAUCUACUUUGCAUACAUCCCGAGUCUGAGUCUGAUGCUGGGGAUGGCUGGAGCACGAAUACGAGCAAAGCAACCCUACUCAAUGUUUAUCGAGACUUCGCUCCGAAGUUUCAAGCGUUGCUGGAGAAAGCAAAUCCUGACUCUUUGAAGUUGUGGAGGCUGCUGGAUAUGAAAAACUUACCUGGUUUUGUCAACUCGCGACUCGCAUUGAUAGGCGAUGCAGCGCACCUUUUUUGCCCCAUCAGAGUCAAGGAGCAGCAAUGGCGAUGGAAGACGCUGUAG